AUGCCCGAACCCGCCAACAAGGUCAUGGCAGCCGAGACAAGCACCGAGGCUGCCGAGAAGGAGGCCGCCGAGCGGGACACCCGCAUCACCUUCCACGACGACGUUCGCCCUGGCCGAGGCCGCACCACCGCCGGUGCCACCGGUCGUGGUAACGCUGCCGGCGGAGGCGAGGGCGGCACGUCUCGCUCCCGCUCCCGCAGACGCUCGCUCAGCCGGGCGUCCACGUCGCGCUCCAACCUCCCCAACUCCCCUUACUCGGGGGUCCAAAUCGAAUAUCGAACCCUCUCCAUCCACGUCGCCGAGUCCCGCAACGUCGACGCCUCCGACCCGGCCGACAUCAAGGCCGCCGCCGGCAAAAAGGACGACCAGGACUACUUCUCCAACCUCAACUUCCACCAGCUCGGCGCCGACCAGAUCUGCCAGCAGCUCAAUGUCUCCAAGGACCAGGGCCUGUCCGACAGCGCGGCGGCCAAUCGCCUCCAGCGCGAUGGCAAGAACACGCUCCCCAAGCCAAAGACCAACUACUGGAAGAAGAUUCUCGGUUACAUCUUUGGAGGCUUCUGCUCUGUCCUCUGGAUCGGCGUCAUCAUCUUCUUCAUCUGUUGGCGUCCCCUGAGCGACCCUCCGUCGCCCACCAACCUGGCCCUCGCUAUCCUCGUCAUCAUCGUCAUCGCCCUCCAGGCUGGCUUCUCCGCCUUCCAGGACUGGUCCACGCAGCGGACUAUGAAGUCCAUCACCGACCUGCUCCCCUCGGAGGCCCUCGUCAUGCGCGAGGGUAAACUUCAAAAAAUGUCUGCCAUCGACCUUGUCAGCGGCGACAUUGUACACCUCCAGAUCGGCAACAAGGUGCCAGCUGAUAUGCGUCUCCUGAGCCACUCGGGCGACAUCCGCUUCGACCGUGCCAUCCUGACGGGAGAGUCUGACGAGGUCGAAGGAGCCGUCGACGGCACCGACGCGAGCUUCUUGGAAAGUCGCAACAUCGCCCUCAUGGGCACCCUCGUCGUCAAUGGCAGCGGUGUGGGAGUUGUCGUCUUGACCGGAGCCAGGUCCGUCAUGGGCCGCAUCGCAAAGGCCACCGCCUCGGCCGAGGAGCGUCCUACCCUGAUCCAACGUGAGAUCUGGCGCUUCGUCCGCAUCAUCGUGUGCCUGACCAUUGUUCUCGCGCUGCUCAUCCUCUUCACUUGGGUCGGCUGGCUGAGGCGCGACCACUUUGCGUACAUGAAUGUCGUGGCUAUGCUCAACAACGUCAUGGGCUGUGUGGUCGCCUUCAUCCCUGAGGGUAUGCCUGUGGCCGUUGCGUUGACGCUGAUGAUGGUGGCGCGUCGCAUGAAGGCCGUCAACAUCCUGCCCAAGGGGCUGUCGACUGUGGAAACCCUCGGCUGCGUCAACGUCAUCUGCUCCGACAAGACGGGAACGCUGACGCAGAAUGAGAUGCAUGUCAACUCGGCUUCCUUCAUCGACCAGCCGGUUCCCGUCAGCGAGUUCCAGCACAACCUGGACGCCGAGAGCACCGAGGCUUGCAUCCUGAGGCUGUUCCAAGCCGCGUUGCUCUGCAACGAUGCCGCCUUCGAUCCGUCGACGAUUCACUUGCCAGUUGCCAGCCGCCAGGUGCAGGGCAACGCCACCGACGCCGCGGUUUUGAGGUUCGCCUCCGCGACCAAGAGGGCCGACAAAGAGCACCUGGGACUGCCCCGUGUCGCCCAGAUCCCGUUCAACUCGAAGAACAAGUGGAUGCUCACAGUUCACCAGGAGCCCGAGGCUUCUGGGGCGGCGGCCACCACCACCAACAACGAGUUUUGCGUCUUCGUCAAGGGAGCGCCCGACGUCCUGCUGCCGGCUUGCACCAGGUACUGGUCGCGCAAGACCAACUCGACGCAGCCCCUGGACGCAGCUGCGCGGGCGGCCUUCAAGCAGUACCAGGACUCCCUGUCCAAGAACGCCGAGCGCGUCAUCGUCCUCUGUGAGAAGACGAUGCGCCCCGUGAAUGCCAUCAAUACCAACGCCUUUAGCGACGAGAUUGCGGCCAAUGCCAUCAGCGAACUCACCGUCAUCGGCAUCCUUGGCAUCAUCGACCCGCCUCGCCCUGAGACCGCGGCCACCGUUGCCGAAUGCCGCCGUGCCGGAGCCAGGUUCUUCAUGGUGACGGGAGACUACGGCCUCACCGCCGCGGCCAUUGCGCGCAACACGGGCAUCUUCACCAACGAGCGCGACCCAGACACGAUCGCGACCAUCCGAUCCAAGGAAAGCCUGACGGCACACGACUUGCGCGAGGCCCGGGAGAUGGGCGAGCAGCGCAGCCUCUUGCUCGAGGGCCCGUCGCUGGCCGGUCUGGUCAACGAGGACUGGGACCUCAUCUGCGAGUAUGGCGAGAUUGUCUUUGCGCGAACGACCCCCGAGCAGAAGCUGCGCAUUGUCAGCGAGUUCCGCAAGCGCGACAACGUCGUGGCGGUGACGGGAGACGGUGUCAACGACGCUCCGGCUCUGCGGGCUGCCGACGUCGGCGUGGCCAUUGUCACGGGCAGUGACGUCGCCAUCGAAGCGGCCGACUUGGUCUUGCUCGACAAGUUCGACUCCAUCAUCGAGGCCAUCAGGCUGGGGCGGCUCGUCUUCCAGAACCUCCAAAAGGUCAUUGCCUACCUGCUCCCCGCCGGUAGCUGGUCUGAGAUCUGGCCCGUCAUCCUCAACGUCUUCUUCGGCGUGCCUCUCCCCCUGAGCUCCUUCCUCAUGAUCAUCAUCUGUGUCUUUACGGAUCUGUUCCUCUCCCUGUCGCUGAUCAUGGAGAAGGAGGAAUUUGAUCUCCUCUCGCUGCCGCCUCGCAACCACAAGCGCGACCACCUCAUCACCAUCAAGAUCUACAUCCAGGCAUACCUCUUCACGGGCUUCAUGGAGACGUGCACGGCCCACGCCAUGUUCUUCCUGUACUACUGGAAGAAGGCCGGCAUCCCCAUCAGCCAGCUCUUCUUCCUGUUCGAGGGCUACUCGGAAGGAUACCACGGCUACACGCAGGACGAGCUGACGCAGUUCAACGCCACGGGCCAGUGCGUCUACUUUGUGACGCUGGUCAUCCUGCAGUGGGGCAACAUCCUGGCCGUCAGGAACAGGAGGCUCAGCAUCCUCCAGGCCGACCCGGUGACCAAGAAGAGGCGCAACCCGUGGCUGCUGCUCAGCAUGGCCAUCAGCCUGGCCAUUGCCGUCUUCGUCACCGAGGUCCCCGGCCUCCAGACCCUCUUUGGCACGGCUUCGGUCCCGAUCGAGUUCUGGGUGAUCCCCAUCCCUCUGGCCCUGGGCAUCCUGUGCAUGGACGAGAUCCGCAAGCUGGUGGUCCGUCUGUUCCCCAACGGACCUAUUGCGCGCAUCGCAUGGUAA